AUGUCGAACAUCUUCGGAGGGGGGAGAUUCUUCUUGUCCCACGCCAUCCCUCAGCGCACACAGUUGAAAGAAAAGAUCGAGAAGCACGGCGGGAGCGUUGUUUUACUGGAGAAGGAUGCUGAUAUCAUUCUUGUGGAUCAUUUGAGGAAGACACAAACCCACCCUCCCAAUGCGCUAUCAUACCAAUAUGUCGAACAAUCCAUUUAUCGUGGGAAGUUGGAAGACCCUGCAACCCAUCGGGUCGGUCCUGCCGCGCCCCGUCCGAUGGGCGCAUCCAACAUUCCUACGAAGAGCACCAGGAGAAGCUACACCUUAGAGGACGAUCGGAUUGUUUUCGACUGGCUGUACCCUUACGAGAAGUCCAAAGGUGCGCCAACGCACGGCAAUACCAUUUACAAGAAUCUAGCUGAGCGAUUCCCACAUCAUACAUGGCAAUCCUGGCGAAGUCGAUAUUUGAAAACUUUGCGCGGAAAGCCACGCCCAGGAGGAGGGAUCCCCAGACCUGACCUUGUGUAUGGGGGUCCUGAAGCAGUACCCCGGUUUGGACCACUAUCACAGGGCCCCCAAACGCCCGUGCAAUCUCCAACGCCUACUGAACCUCCUACACAACCAGCUUCAGCCCCCAGCAAGCAGCCAAGUCCUCCAGCAGAGUCUAGUACGAAACGAAGACUGCCCCCCGACUCGUCGCCCCAUCAACCCGAAGAAGCCAGUCCAGCAAAGAGAAGGCGGAUAGACGUGCCAGAACAACCUCUUUCUACCACCCGAACCUCUCUGAAUCAACCUUCCCAAAUCAUAACACGGCCACUCAGAACGCCGCCUCGAGGACCCCUCGGGAAACAUACAGACACGUCCGGCCCCGAGCCAGACCCCGCCCACCAUCAAAUCUCGACAAUACCAGCACAAAGAACUAUCAUAACCGAGACCAGUGAGGUCACUAAACAAACGGUGGAUCCGCUAUUUCAGCAUCUACCAUUCUUCCCGUCGAGCUCAGAAGCUGAAAGUGAAGACGACGAGGAGGAGACAGAAGACGAUGACGGGGAAGAUAGCGACCCAGAAGACUAUCCGGACAUAAGCAGCUGGGUUCAAGCCCAAGUGGCGAGAGGCGCUGAUGUGUCCAUCGUACUUGACGCUCUACGUUAUACCAGCAUGGAACCAGCGUUGGCCAGAAAACUGCUGAAAAUCCUAAUGGCUGGCAAUCCAGUUCCUGAGAAUAUGCGUGGAGUAUGGACGGAGGAGGACGAUCAAUGCUUGGAAAGUCCAAAUGCCCGCGACGUCGAGCGGGUGACCAAGAAGCAUGGUGACAGACUUUUCCAAGCUCGGUGGGAGUAUCUCGAGAUGGCUCGAGAAAGGGGAUUAGUUCAAUGA